AUGACCGACCUGGAGCGCGGCGCGGCGCGCACCGCCAAAGCCGCCAAGGCCGCCAAGCCGCGCAGCCCCUCGCUCUUCGCCAAGCAGUACCCCGAGCCCGUGUGGCCCAAAAGCCUGCGAUGCUGCCUGCCGCAGAUCAUGGCGUGCCUGGCCUGCGGGCUGUUCAACUUCCCGGAGGGCCUGUCGCUGUCGUACUCGUCCUCGCUGAUCCCCGAGCUGCAGCGGCCCGACAGCCCGAUCCCCAUCACGCUGAACCAGGGCGUGCUGCUAGCCAGCAGCAUGGUGGGGUGCAUGGCGGUGGGCACGCUGCUGGCCGGUGUGGUGAUGAACCGCUUCGGACGCGUCAACACCAUCCGCUACUGCACGCUGCCCUUCGCCGCCGGCUGGUUCCUGGUCGCCACCGCCUCCACGUACGAGCAGGUCCUGGCGGGGCGCAUCCUCACCGGGCUGGCUAACCCCCUCGGCGUCAACGCGGCCGUCGUGUUCUCCACGGAAGUGGCGCCCGCGCACUUACGCGGCGCCCUCAACGGCGCGCACCCGACCAUGGCGUCUCUAGGCAUCGUGGGGGGCUACGUCCUGGGCGCGAUCACGGACUGGCGGACGGCGGCGUGGUGGAGCGGCGCGUCCCCCAUCGUCGUCCUGGUGCUGAUGCACGUCACCUGCUACGAGAGCCCCAUCUGGCUGGUGUCCAAGGGCCGUGUGGAGGAGGCCGCGCGCUCGCUGCACGCGUACGCGCGCCGUAACGACACGGAGGAGGGCAGGGAGCGGCUCCCCGAGCGCCAGCUGGAGUGGCUGGUGCAGCGACGGGUGUGCAGCGAGUCCUACACCGUCGAGAUGCCGUGGUACCAGGCCAUCCUGAACCUCUUCACGCAGCCCGUGGGCUACAAGCCCCUGCUGCUGCUCACCGUCAUCUUCCUCGCGCAGAACUUCAGCGGCGUCUACAUCACGCUGUUCUACGCCGCGCCCUUCUUCAAGGAGAUGGGCGUCCAGGUGGACCCCUUCCAGGCCGCCAUCCUGGUGGGGCUGACGCGCCUGUUCACGGGCGUGCUGGCCGUGGUGCUGAUCCGCAAGGUGGGCAACCGGAGGCUCAUGACGACGGCGUCCCUCGGCAUGGCGGUCUGCAUGAUGCUGUCGGGCUACUUCACGCUCUACCCGGAGAACGGCCUGGACGGCUGGGUGGCGGUGGGGCUGGUGCUGCUGUACGUGUCCAUGUCGUGCUGCGGGCUGCUCACGCUGCCCUGGACCAUGACGGCCGAGCUGUUCCCGGACAGGCUGCGCGACGUCGGCCAGUCCUUCGCCGUCUUCACCGCCAACCUCAUCGAGUUCGCGGCGCUGCAGCUCUACCCCACGCUCAUGAACGGCCUGCAGUACGGCCCGGUGACGGGCCCGGUGGGCAUCCAGUGGUUCUUCGCGGCGGUCGCGCUGGCCAACGUCGUCUUCGCCAUCUUCUUCCUGCCGGAGACGCGCGGCAAGUCCCUGCAGGAGAUCGAGGAGCACUACCAGUUCAACACCCUGUGGCUGGGGAGGGUCAAGGCCCCCCUGGAGGAGCCUGUCGCGGAGGCCGGCGCCGACGUGUUCGUCAUCAGCACGACGACGGUCACCGACGUGGACGCGAGGAAGUCCUCCAGCGAGUCGGUGGUGGACGUGUCCCAGGGGGACAGUUACAAACUCUGAACCCUGCCCUCUUCCUACUUCCCAAGACUGCUUGAGAAAAACACUGCGAAGACACUGAUGCUCUCCUCAAGUCAAUGGUGAAACGCCACGUGGACUGAUCAUCGAAGUGUGUGGCGUCCGAUGUAUUUCUCAUCAUGCCCGUGUGUGCCAUAGAUGUAAGACGGUGAGGGCGAGACAGUAUGUCCACAUGAUGCUCUCCGGCGUCCAGAUCUCAUGCCUUUAUUGAUGUUUGACAUGUGUUGUACAUUUUGUAGAGUUCUAGCUUUAAGUACCCUAGUUCAAACUAAGAGAAUGUGUUAUUUUCAUUCCGUGUAGUAUAUGUACAUACUUAAUAGACGUAGCAACAUUCGUUUAAGGUAAAUAAAUAGAGUAUUUCUUGUUACUAUCACAAA